CCUGUGUAGUGGUUUUCGCGUAGCAAACAAACAUGGACGACCACGCUCGGCAGCCAGCGGAGUCUACGUCUAUUUAUCGGGUACACAGCGCGCUUCGCCGAGACUGAAACGUCCGCCCGAACGCACGACAAGGGACGUCCCAACGUCGCCGACGAAUGUGGCCCGGUUUCCGUGGCGGUCAGCGUCGCUUAGGCCUAGCAGCGGGGCGAAAUGGCCGCUGCUACGUUCACGCCGAAGUCGGACCGACGCAGUUUUCCGCUUUCAUGAGGGAGCGGUGGGCAUAGCGGAUGGCGGCUCCGCAGCAGGGCAGAGGCGCCCCGCCGGGGAGUGCGGGGGCCCGUCCCGAAGUGGUGGUCCUCAACCCCUGCCUCACCUGCAAACUCUGCAAGGGAUAUCUGGUGGACGCCAUGACACUCGUCAAGUGCCUGCACUCCUUUUGCAGGUCCUGCAUUCUGAAGCACCUUGAAACUGGCCACGCCUGUCCCGUCUGUGAUCUGCGGCUCUCCAAGAUCAACAUGGAGAGCCAUCUCGUAAAGGAUGACACCUUACAGAAUGUCGUAUACAAGGCUGUGCCAGGACUUUAUCAGAAGGAAAUGAAGCGGCGACGAGACUUCUAUGCUACCAAGGGCAGCAAGGCGGACCAAGCGUCGCUAAGUCCCGAACAAAAGGGUGAACUGGACAGCUCGAGCUCAGGUCGCAUCAUCUUCAGCCCUGACGAAGCGGUCAGCCUCUCCUUGGAAUACAAGCCCAUUGUUGACGUUAAGGCGGAGCCCGAGGCAUCUUCAGCCGGACCGAGCAGCCAAGCAUUUAAGGAACCCACAAAACGUUACCUCAAUUGCCCGGCCGCUGUGACGAUUGCCUUGCUUCAGAAGUUCCUCCGAAUGAAAUACAGCAUCAGCGCGAGAUACAAGGUGGACAUACUUUACAUGGACGAUGUUCUCUGGAGUCACUACAUGCUUAUGGACGUUGCCUACAUCUAUUCUUGGAAAAGGGACAUGCCGUUGCGGCUGUUCUACCGCGUGUUCGAGAGCCCGCCGAAGCCACCAGCGCCACUCGCAUCGACGGUUCGAGUUCCCACGUCGACCCCAAGUGUGGCGCAAAGUAAAGAUCAGCAGAGUAGUGGCGGCAUCUCGGCGUGCGUUGCUUCUGGCAUCCAUGCGCGUGGACCAACGUUGAGCAAGAGUGCGAACGUUACCCAGGAAAGCAGGGGUUGCAAGAAGGAAACCACCACGCCCAUUGUGCCUGCGAAACCUGUCGAAUGUGCAUCACCUGUCUCCCAGUUGGCCCCUUUGAAGCCUACCGACGAAGCGAGUGGCACGAGCAUCGCAGAUCCGAAAGUACAAAGCAAACUCGACUCCUCCCCACCUACGAGAACCACCAACCCUGCAUUCGUCACGGGCAUAAGUGUAGAGAGUAAACCAACAAAGACUGCGGCGACGACAGUGCCCAGCGUUGCCGCCGCGCAAAUGUGCAGUGUUCAGCGAAAAGUACCUGAUAUCCCUGAUGCGAGCAAACCUUGUACCUCCACAACAACGGUCCCGGCUUCUUUGACUACAAAAGGACCAAGCGAAGCCAGGGCUGUGAACACGGUUGCUGCUCCAGCGACUGCUUCACCUUCUUCAACCAAGAAACCCGAGACCGCGUCUGAGCCCAAGGAAUCGGCAGCCUCGAGCAAAGAGGCCAAUGUCCUUGCACCAUGCGAGCCCGUGGCAUGCCCAUUGGCGAAAGUACCUCCAAGCUCCAUGAAGAGUGUAGUGGUUGAGAGUGUAAACAGGGAGAAAGCAACACCACCUGUGGUCCCUGUAGCUCUAUCGGCACAUGAAGGCGCUGGCUGCAAACCAGCUCACGUUUGCGAGCCUACGUUGACAUUUAAAGUGAGCCCCGACAGUGGCUCGAGUGCCAGAACGGCAGGGUUUGUCAUGAAGUACCAGCCCAAGGUGGCAACUCCCACAUUGAAUGGCAUCGACAAAGGCAUUGCAGACGGUUUGUUGAAGAGUGCAAUACGUGCAGGUGAUGUUGUGUGCGACGAAGUGACGAAUAACGACAUUGUAGUUGAAGACGUAGAUGCUCGUUUGACGUGCAGUAGCUUGGCGAUAUCUCCACCAUCAUUAGUGGACAGUAGCGUUGAAGAGAAAAUGCCAGAGACAAAAGAGCUGCAGACAUGCAUCAGCCGUGCGGCACUGAAGGCAGAAGAGAAGAUGAACGCCAUGAAAGCGGCCGCCGCUUUGGUGAAAGAAGGUGGUCCAUCCGAGAAGGACGGUACAGAGGCAUCCUCCGGGGGACUUUCUAUCACAUUGAGGCCAAACAGGAUCUCUGUGAGAAGUCACAGUGACGACUCCGCAGACAAGCGUCCUCGUAAGACCAGUCAGGGCGACGUGUCACCAGUAGGUGAACCUCCCACUUCAAAACCCCCGUGCCGUUCAGUCACUCCACCGUUGCCCGUGAUCCCGUCAUACCUCACCCUGAGCAAGUCGCAUCCAUCGCUUUUCCACACAUCACCACGCAAGCGAGGCCGACCCAAGCUCGCCACUGUCAACAGCCUGAACGAAGAGAUAGAGCGGGCUCACAUGAUGGCCCGUGGUGAGAUGGCUGUAGCUGCUGAGAAGCCUGCGCAUCGCGUCGAGGCAACUGCUGAGAAGCCCAAGCCCGUGAUUCCGGUGAUCACGAGCCUCAAAAUCAAGCCCAUCCCUCCCCCACCUCCUCCGCAGCACCCCGAUGUGCUGUCAUCGCCAACUGCGCCGGACGUGUUAAAAGAUCUCCAGCUGCGACCGCGCUCCAAAAGCCAGGGAGAUGUGUCUGAAGGAAAGUCAUCGGACACUGAAGACUCCGUCGGGCGCCGGAAAAGCAAGCGGAAGCGUCCACCCGCAGAGCAACUUAAGACCAUGGUUAGUCAACUGAAGGAGCUGAGCAUGGAUAAGGUACAGGCGGUGACGCAGGAGCCUCUUCAGAGCCUUUCAGGCAAGGGCAUGCCCAAGCCCGAGCAGGGGCCGGAGAAGAUCACGCUGCGAGUGACUCGCGACGAGAAGUGCAUCCUGAAGGUGGAGAAGCAGCUGCGUCCCGCGGUAGUUUCGGAGACUCUCCACGACUCUGGCUUUUGCGAAGACGUUGUCGCAGACUCGCUCACUUCCUCUCCCGUUCCCCCCAAAUUGAAGAGCAUCCCCAUUACAGCAACCAGGUCUGCCCAGCAUACGGCGGUACGCGUUGUGUCUAGCACUACAACAAGCAAGAGCCUAGAACAAAUCAGUGCCACGCGGCACUUGCAGCUCGGGACGAAGAGGGACAUGCGCAAAAGCAAGAGAAAGUCCGUCGAAGACUGGGUUAAUGAGCAGAGCAAGUGGGUCCGGACACACGAAGCUGAAGCCGUUAAAGAGCAAGACAUUGUUUCACCUCACGCAAAGCCAGAUAGGAGUUGCAAGGACGCUCCUUCGGUUCCUCGUGUGUCGUCAGAGUCCAAGGAAGCAUCGGCCAAGGGACAGCGGAGGGGCCGCAAGCGGACGAAUCCCGUUAAGAUCACCAAGCCCGCGCCCGCGAUUGACACUCAACAGGACAAGCCCGCGAGUGGCCCCGCUCGUGUUUCUAGCUCCUCUGCUGAAGUUUCAGCCAUGUCUCAACCACUGCCGGCGGUCGAGAAGGAAUCCAGUGGGGAAGCAGGGCACAAGGUUAGCACUCACAGUCCGAGAAAUAGCGGUGGUAGCAGAAAUAAGCAGGAGCCACUACCAGAGCACCCAAAAAAGUCUCCAGAACUCGUCAUCCCACGCUACAUUCCUAAUGCGGCCACCAGCGUACCGCUCACGGUCACACAUGCUCGGAACAAGCGCCUGCGAGAGUCAAGGCAGGAGGCGUCGGCCGCGUCUUGUCUCGACCUCACAUCCUCCCCUUCAGGGAGGGGUGCGUCGACCGAGUCGCCCGAAAAGGAUUCUGAAAAGAGCAAGUUUUUCAAGGAAGCUCUCAAUCUUUCAAUGAAAGAAGCAGAGGUGCCCACUGCUUCCUGUAAGGACGCCAGUGCAACAAGCGUGCCACAGUCAAAGCAUCCCGAGGAGAUUGCAGGAGUCCCGUGUCGAGACGUCCAUGGUGCACUGGCAGCAACAGUAGACGACAGCAAAACGGUCACAAAAGCUCUCGAGCAGGCACCACCGAAUCACGGAGCUACAUCGCAGUUGAGCAUCAUUCACCAGGUUGUCGAGAAGAUUGCUUCUCGGAACUCUCGCAAGUUGCCAAAGAGUCAACAAGAAGUUGUCGACAAAAUUCCGGCAGCUACUAAGGAAGAGAAUCAAACCAACUGUGGUAGUGGAAAACAGUGCAUUCGGCAAGAAGACUCAUGCUCCUCCCGAAGCCCUUCUUCGGGCCAACCAGGAUCUUUCGGGGCCUGUCUGGGCAGCGACAAAUCUGUCAAACACAACACACUUACAUCAUCUCUGGGCACAGCUGUUGAAGCGAAAGCAGGUUCAAACACAGUUGCAGGUCCAAAAGAAAUGCAGCCGUCAGAGCAGUCUCCGAAGUCGAUGCAAGCCUGCAAUGACCCUUUGCAGACCAGUGCCGUCGGAUCGGAGAUUUUGCCCCGGAUAAACGAGACUGGUGUAUUUCGUCUUGAGUUCCCAGCCGCCGAACUUUCGGCCCCGUCUGAGUUGAGAAACUCUAAAGAGGAGUCUUCUGCCAUCACUCCGUCAAGCAACUCUGUGGAGCGUCAGAGUCGUGGCAGCUCAUCGCUUGUUGGGAAGGAAAUGUCUGAGAGCCUACGAAACAUUGUGCUUGUACAGGAAAGUAUGAUGGAGCUUCGACAGGGGUCAUCACGAUCAAGUUUGGACAGCUCGGUCGAGGCCCGGGCAAAGGAGCACCCUUCAGCAGCUGAGAAGUUGUCUUCAACAAACAGCUUUCCCCCAAAAGGGAAAAGCCCCACGCAAGAAAAUCGCUUGGCUCUGAACGUAAAGAAAGAGCUUUCAAGCAGCAGCAACAACACGUUCGCUCCAUCCAGCAUGCAUUCCAGGCCACAAUUUCCCAAUUCGCAGUUCCCAGUAAGUGACGUGAAGUCUGUGCGACAUAUCGGUCUCGUGGUACCUCCUGCGGCCACCUGUCUGAGCGAAGUCUUCACUGGGAGCUCCAAACCUUGCGUACGAUCAAAAUCUGCUGAACUUAUAGUGAAGUCACCACCAGAGAACCGAUUGUCACCUAUCUUUGGGAAUGUGCCCAUUCUGAAAAUUCCCGGCACGGUCGAACGAGAAAGCUUUGAUCCUUCAAAGUUGCAGAGUAGCAACGUAAGGAGCAUGCGAAGUCCGGUCAGGUCUCCGCUUGGAUUGGAAGUGAAAAGCCCAAGCCCGACUGGCCACACUAGUAUUGGCAGCUGCGCUGUGCAGGAUAAGCCAAGCCCUGUGAAAUCGCCCUUGGCAACAGACGUCAAAAUUGUCAAUCAUAUGGGCCACAUUCCAACAGAUAUGUGUGGCGUCUCUGCUGUGCAAUGCGCCCCAAGGCCUGUCAGGUCACCAGUGUCAAUGGAUGUAAGUACAACCAGCCACUGCAUUUCUGGUAGUUCUGUGAGGGCUACAGACACUAAGGUCUGCAAACUUCCGCAGGAGAGGGGCCUGUGGCGGCCCAUUGACAUCUGCACAUCGCAACAGCUAACGGAAGCCGCCCUUCAAAAGAUAGCAGCCAACAAGAGCAUCUCUAUAGGUCAAGUGAAGGACAGGAGGCUACAGGUGGCAUGUCGAAACCGGCCAGAUGUCGCGUUGGAUGUCGCGCAGGGGCCCCAGUCUCUGUCUGUCAGCAUUGUCACGAGCAAUGCGGGGUUGAAAGGUGGUUACAUUCACCAAGCGAAUGAGAUCACACGUGUCUCACAGCCACUCGAAGUGUUGAGCAUUCCCCGACAAUCGCACCUCAGCAAUCAUCAGCGGCCAGAUUUCCUUGUCAAAGAAGCACUGCCUAUGCCACACUGCCUCGAUGUGACUAACAGCAAGUUCCAUGGCUGCAGCACUUUGUUAUUACGCGCACAUCCUGAAUUGUCCGUAACUUCGCGGAGCGACAUUAAAAGUGGAAUUCACAUCCCCGCUUCUCUGAGCGUCUACACGAGUGUGCAGCAGAACAGCAACUUAUCACCUCCCCCAUGCAAGUCAACGACCCUGCCAGGGAAGGAGCGGCUGUCACCACGGUUGAGCGCGGAGUUGGAGCAACCUUGCCUUUCCCCAAGACCUUCGGACAGGGUGUCAGUGCGCACUUCAGCCAGGGAAAUCUGCCAACCGGAAGGAAUCAGCUCCUCUAACGAAGUGCUGGCCGCGAAGUGCGGUAUCCGCAAGGGAUCUGGUAUGCCGAGCCCUAGAGCCAGCGAGAACAUGUACAGGACAACAGUGGCUGAGAUCGACCUCUUCACGACGCUCAGCAUCAUUGAGACCAUGAAGGGGAGGGCAACGGUGCAUGACAUCAUUGACGAGUACAUCACCAACAUAGGCAGCUUCUUUUGCAUAAUGGAGUCGCUCCCCAAGGAGGACAAGCACGUCGCAGAAGUCAUGUGUUCCAAGAAGGAGAAGGCUCUUCUGAAGGUCACAGCGCUGCUCAAAAAGGUCACCAACAAGCUGUCCUCAGGCCAGCUGUCGCGUGCGCUAGCUGUCGAGGCAUUGGUGCAAAGGUUCUUGGAGCGGUGUGGCCGUGAUCACGGUAGCACCUUGGCUGCGGCAUCGACAUCAGGGGAAGAAGUCACGUCGUCAGUGUCGGGAACCUCGUGUGUGGUCUCUGCAUUGUGUGAGCAGAAUGUUGAGGACACGAAGACUGACCCAACCCCGGUUGUCAUACCGGGUUUUGAAUUUGCUGUCGUACCCAUCCUAGAUGUGCAUUUAAGAAACGCAGAAUUGAAAAGGAAAGCUUUGAAACGCCUGCGGUAUGGUUUGAGGCUUCGCGACCUAGUGGAGUUGAAGAGAAAGUGCGCGUCAUCGAUGAUUCUGCCUAGUGAAGUGCAAGUCUGCAGAAGGUUUGCACCUAGGAGGUCUGGAGGCUGGUUUUCCCAUCGGUCAGCACUCAGGCAAGUUAAAAAGAGCAGUUUCGUGCCGCAGCCUGCUGCCUCUGUUCACCUGCUAACCAAGAGCCUGGCCAGGCUUCUUUCUGUGGCAAGUUUUGGGCUUCCUCAAAGCACUGUGAUUGCACGAGAACUUUCUUCAUCGUUGACUGGACUUUCACCCAAUCUAGUCAACUGCAACGUUCCCCGGAACGGACAGUGUUGUCCUCUCGGGUUGAUGCAGCCUGUGAUGACACCUGCCAAGGCUACGUCGUCGGCGCUGCAAGCCUACCGAGAGCCUGGCUCAGCCCGCAACGUUGAGAACAUACUGUCCGCGUUAUCUUUGUUCUUGUCUGGCCAGGUGGACGGCGCCACGUCGCAUGUUCCCCAAGUGGUCUCGCAUUUCGCUGAUGAUGGCUCUGUCAUCAUCCCUUACACUCGUCGGCGUAGGUUGAGCGACGGGCUGCACCCAUCACGCAACAUGCUGCUUGUCGAAGCCACCUCCGAUAGUUCACUAGUCAUCUCAUCACCGAAGUCAAAUAGCAAGCUUGUGAUUGGACCGGAUUUCGACAGGCAGAUGCUGUCGAGGCUGCUCGACGGACUGAAGUUCAGGAUACCAAAGACUCAAGACGCUGCCAAUUCCUGGUUGAGCAGUGUCAUGCGUGGGGAAUCUGGCCAGGGCAGCGGACGAAUGCUGACGAACCAUGUCGACACACCUGACCAAGGAUGGCUUGCAACAAAGGCCAUCUCAUCGGUCAAGCUAGAGCUGACAGCCCAAGUGAAGCAGUUAAUCAGGCCAGUGCUGUUAGCCAAGCGAGAGCUGUUGGUCAAGCCUAAGGUUCCGUUGUCGAGAAGGCUUCUGCAGAAGCGAGGAGCGCCAGCCACUGGCGCCUGUGAGGUGUCGCCUGUACAGAAGAGAAGGCGGUCAGCCGGUGCCCUUGUGCCCGGUGUCGUCGUGGAGGUGGGCUCCGCGACUGCGCAUCGGCAACGCCUUGUUAAUGCGCACCUGAUGAGAAAAGACAUGGGGGAAGUUGUUCCUAAGGACUGCGUAGUCGUGCUGCAGAGGUUAGAGCUGCGGAACAUUGAGGAGAAGAUUCUUAAGAAGAGGCACGAUAGUGGUGGCGCUCGACCCAAGAAGAAACCAAAGUUGUCUCUGCUUCGAAAAGCUCCGUCAUGUGUCGAGAGGUAGUCGAAAGCUGCUGCUGAGCAACCCUGAAAGAUGUGUUCUAUUGUUGUUUCUUUUCUUCAACCCCCCUUCCCCCUCCACUUCCUUCCCACAACACGAUAUCCACGCCCCUUGUGAUUUGUUUGCCUGUAUUGUAAAGAGAAGCGUCUUUCUCCUCCAUGCACCUGUUUUUUCGCAAGUGCAGUUUUCUCUUUUUCUCGGCAAUUUGUUCUAUCCCAGUGAAAGAGGCAUUGGACGUUGUUUAGCCGUAUAGCACGCACACACACACACACACAAACUUCGGAUUUGUAGCUUAUUUAUGCAAGGAACUGUUUUAUUUUUUCUUUGUUGUAAACAUGUAAUAUAAUUGUUUCCUUCGUGGCAAGGAGACAAUGUAAAUAGUGUACGAUAAUAAAUUUUUGUAUAAUUUAAGCAACUUAACAC